UUAACGGCUACGAUCGUCCUCGGAUGUAUCCGGUGCUGUAGAGGAUCGUUACUCGGCUCGGUUCUACCUUGCCGGGGUGGUCGCACGGCGGUCUGACAGAGAAAAGGAUAAGGUUGAAGAGUGAAGCACACUGUAGUAAUGGCUUCUUCUAUGCACGAAGCUCUCUUCUCUGCACGGCUUCCUCAAGUCGUCAAUUCAUCUUCCUCUAUCUCUUCUUCUUCUUCAUCCUUCCGUUGCGCUCUACCAAUUAUCUCUUCACCAGCUGCAGUAUCUUGCGCAAUCAAAUCGAGCCAGUCUUCUUUUAAACAGCGUUGUAGAACCAAAUUGAGGGACUUUUCUCUUUCUUCCCUAUCCCGGAGAGGUUUCGUUUGCAAAGCUGCCGAGUACAAGUUUCCAGAUCCCAUACCUGAAUUCGCCGAAGCUGAGACUGAGAAAUUUAGGGACCAUAUGCUAAAGAAACUAUCCACAAGGGAUCUUUUUGAAGACUCUGUUGAUGAAAUUGUUGGAAUCUGCACUGAGAUCUUUGGGACGUUCUUGCGCAGUGAGUAUGGAGGACCUGGUACACUCUUGGUCAUACCCUUCAUUGACAUGGCAGAUACUCUCAAUGAAAGGGAAUUGCCUGGAGGUCCACAAGCUGCACGAGCAGCUAUUAAAUGGGCUCAGAAUCAUGUAGACAAAGACUGGAAGGAGUGGACCGGUACUGAUUAGUCCUCCAAGCAUCAAAAUAUAGUCCGUCUAGUUAUUUAGCUCAGUAGUGAUGUAUCAGAGUAUACAUGUGUGAUCAGUAAAACUCUGAAUUUUGCGGAUUUUGGUAGUUAAUAAGCUCUGUUGUUAUAAUCUUUUGUCGAAUCAACUGUUUUCACCUCAUUGUGAAAUCCAUUCUUCGAAUGUAUCAAAUUAGAACCGAAGUACGUCAGUUA